ACACUACAGCACAUCGCUUACAGGCUUUGUGCACUGUAUACAGGCGGUGGGAAAGAGAAUGCAAUAAUAAAAGUCUCCUAUCAAAUCUAGUUCCCAAUGUCUGGGUCAUCUUCGGUGUACUUUUCGUUCCGUUUCCGUUAACGUAACUUGUCCACAGUUCACAUUUUGGUGCACAGUUCUUGUUCCGCCGUGAGUGAACCGGUCACUGUCCUGUAACUGAGUCGACCAAAUAACAGCAGUCACAGCUGACUACUCAUCGGAGCAAUGCCUUCACUCAGGGCUAAUUAUGAAGUUGGGCUGGAUUUCCUCGAGUUCCUGGGGGAACGAAAAUCGAAGACAGACAAGAAAGAGCUUCGGGACAUCUACAACUUGGAGUUUAAAAGGGAAGGAACCAAGGAGCCAAAUUUUUCCAAGUUGGUCUACGCCUUACAGCAUUUCAACAAAGCCAGUAUAAGGCAUGGAAAGGUUAUCCUGCAUGCCAGACCUCAGGUGCGUGUGUACUACUGUGACCAGUGGAGGUCAGCGCCACAGUCAGGCUCGAGAGCUGACAGUGGAGCCACAGCUCCGGCCUCCUCUGGCUCAUCUCCACCUACUGUCAACCCAGUCCUCACUCCAAAGAGAAAACUGGCUAAAGAAAUCCUUCAGAGACUCCGGGUAAACAGAGCAGAGCUGAUCUCUGAUAAAGGAGGUAUCAAAAUCACGUCAGAUCCUGAGAGCAUCAAUGGAAAAGUUGUGUUCAACAUCGACCUCAUGGACAGAGUGUAUGUGGUGAAGUUCCACAUCGUGAAUGAGGGACAGAACUGCAUUCACUUCACCUUUUACACGGCACUGCACAGGAUGCGCUGCUUCACGUUGGUGGACGAGAGGAGAGUGACCAGAGUUUGCCCUCUGCUUCUCUGCCCAGGUGAGAGCUACGUGGUGGAGGUGCAUUACCGCAUUCACCACUACGGACACUUCCCAGCCACCAUGUACUUUGAGUUCUGCCCCGAUUCAGAGCCCCCAAGCCCAUCUAAACCCUUCUGCAUUGUGAGGGAACUGGAGGCGGUGGUCCAGACCCAGCUGGCUGCGGAGCUGGGCCCAGAGAGCCCUUACAGACCCAGGAAGGCUGGACGGUACCGGCCUGAGGACAGAGUAGUGGAGGAGGGUGUGCCCCCUGAGAGUUGUGUGACACAUGCUCUGAAGCCAGCAGUGAAGCUGAAGGACUACAGUUAUCCUCCUUACCUGAAGGACCUGGUCAAACACCACUUGGCUGAUGCAGAGAAGCUUUCCCCUGCAGCCAGGCUGCAGCUACCCAGAGUGAGGAAUGUGUUGGAGACUCCACUGUGUAUAAAGCAGUAUGCUGAGCGCUUCCACCUCCUUUUGCAUCUAGAGGAGAUUCAGAUGGAAGUAGACAUAAAGAAGUAUGAUCUAUACAGCCAGACCAUGACACGAGACAAAACUAACAAAAAGCUGCUUGUGUUGAAGGUGCCAGGAGUGGCGGAGAACAGGCCAUCUGUGCUGAGAGGAGAUCACUUGAAUGUGUGUAUGUCCAAAGACGAGGCUAAACCUGUUACCAUGUACAAAGGCUACGUCCACCGUGUGGAGCUGGAGAGUGUAAAGUUGGGCUUCAGUAAGAAGCUUGUACAGAACUUUAUCGCAAAUAUGAAGUUUGAUGUGGAGUUCAGCAUCAAUCGCUAUCCUCUCAAACUCCAGCACAGAGCUGUAGAUCUGGCUGUACAACACAGGCUGGGAAAUGUGCUGUUCCCCAGUGACAACAGCAUCAAGCACACAGCAUUACCGCUGCUCAGGAUGUUCAACCGAGAUCUGGAGACCAACCCUGAGCAGAAUGCCGCUGUCCAGCACAUUCUGUCUGGCCAGUCUAAGCCAGCUCCAUAUCUUAUUUUUGGACCCCCUGGAACAGGCAAAACCGUCACACUAGUGGAGGCCAUAAAACAGGUAAAUAAGUCUAAUGCGAGUGCCCACAUCCUGGCCUGUGCUCCCUCUAACAGUGCCUGUGAUCUCCUCUGUGAGAGGUUGCUAAGAUAUGUGGAUGCCCAUCGCCUCUACCGGCUCUGUGCCAGCAGCAGAGACCCCCGCACUAUGCCACGAAAAUUACUGAAACGCAGUAACUGGGAUGAAGGGCAGGACAGUUUCAUCCUCCCCUCCAAGGAGACUCUGAUGGGCUACAGUAUCAUCGUGGUCACCCUGAUCACUGCUGGAAGGCUUGUGUCUGGAGGGGUCCCUGUUGGUCAUUUCUCACAUAUCUUCGUAGAUGAGGCCGGGCAAGCUGUGGAGCCUGAAUGUGUUGUUGGGAUUGCGGGUCUUCUCCAUCCUGAGAAAGGCCAGCUGGUUUUGGCUGGAGACCCUCAGCAGCUUGGACCUGUCCUUAGAUCUCCACUGGCACAGCAACACGGGCUGGGGCUGUCGCUGCUGGAGAGACUGAUGACACAGAAUUCGCUCUAUCAGAAGACUCAAGAUGGCUGCCAGGCUUACGACAGCCGCUUUGUCACCAAGCUCCUGCGCAACUACAGGUCUCAUCCUGCCAUCCUCAAAAUCCCGAAUGAGCUUUUCUAUGACAAUGAACUGCAAGUGUUCGCGGACCAGAUGGAGCGAGAGGCCUUCUGUCGCUGGGAGCAUCUCCCCAAGCGGGGCUUUCCGGUGAUAUUCCAUGGAGUGAUGGGGAAAGAUGAGAGAGAAUCGAACAGUCCAUCCUUCUUCAACGUCAGUGAGAUCGAGGUCCUCAUCAGCUAUCUCAACAAGCUAAUACUAACUCAGGGAAAGAAUGGCCUCCCCAAACUCAGCGCUGCCAACAUUGGCAUCAUUGCCCCCUACAGGAAACAAGUGGAAAAAAUCCAGAAAGCUCUGAAAACAGUAAGAGAAUUAAACCAGUGGAAAGAAAUUAAGGUGGGCUCGGUGGAGGAGUUCCAGGGGCAGGAGAAAACGGUGAUCAUGGUGUCUACGGUCAGAAGCAGCAUCAGCUAUGUUAAAAUGGACAAAGACUUUAACAUUGGCUUCCUCACAAAUGAGAAGAGGUUUAAUGUAGCCAUGACCAGAGCCAAAGCCCUGCUUAUCGUUGUUGGAAACCCUGUCAUCCUGAACAAGAAUCCCACCUGGCAGAGGUUCAUCCAUUACUGUGAGCACGAGCAGGGCUACACUGGCUUUGACUACCGGGACGCUGAGGGGGAGGAAGAUGUGGUGUCUCGGCUGGCAUCUCUAAAAAUCCAUACAACCACUGACGAAAUAGUAGAAAGCGCACUGCAGCAGCAUGUGCAUCCAGAGUGGAGGAGCGAACACUGAACCUCCUACAGACCAGCCAUCAAUGUGUUCUACAACAAACUGAGAACUGUAAAUGAUUGCAGCACUUUUUUUUGUCUCUUCACAAUGGCCUUGGCGUUACUGCAGACUAAUUCAAGAGACUAUACAAAACAUUUCUUCAUGCUUUGCAUUAAUGUUAGAAAUUGUCCUUAUAUUAACAAUUUAAAAAAAUUAAGAUUAAUUUCUCAAAAUUUGAAACCAAUUUUUCUAUUUCAACAUUUCAACAGCUAAAAGUAUUGACAGAUACAUGAUCAAGCACUUUGAAAAAGGAAAAUGUCUUCCAAAAGCUGUGCUCAUAAAAUUGGAUCUUAUGACCUUACAAUGCCCUUUU